UCAGCCACUUCUUCUUUCCAGCAUGUCUGUGGUGGCUGUUGCCAUCCUGUUCUUCACUCACCUCCUGCAAGUAGCGCAGGUAUCUCAUGGACUUAAUAUCGAAGUGAGAGACCCCCAGAUGUUCCAGAAUGGCGCAGAACAGUUUGGAUCCAGAGUGUGGCAUUUUGACUCCAGCGAUGGGAAAUGGAUUAUUGUCAGCGAACCCCACAAGAAGCAGAGCCCCAAUGACAGAUGUGGAGGAAUCUUCAAGUGUAUAAAUGGAAGAGCAGAGUGUCAGUCCAUAAAAUUCCCAGAAUGCACCAAACACAACGUUGACCUUGUAUUUCUGGUUGAUAGCUCUGGAAGUCUUAGAAAUGCUGAUUUCAUAAACAGCAAGAGUUUCAUCAUUGACAUCAUGAAGAAUAUGAGCAGCACUUCCAUUCAGUUUGCUGCAGUGCAGUUCUCUUCGGAUGUUCGCACAGAGUUCAAUUUUUCCAGAUAUCAGGCAAUUAGAGAUCCGGAGAAACUCCUGACCAAUAUGCAGCAUAUGAUGCUGUCAACCAACACACACAAAGCCUUGAAUUACACAAUUGGAAAUCUGCUGUACAACACCCAAUAUGGAGCAAAAGAGAAAGCGACCAAAGUGCUGCUGAUCAUCACAGACGGGGACAGCACUGACUUUGACAAAGAUUACGAUUACGUGACCAAACGUCUGGACGAAAAACACGUCAUCAGAUACGCCAUUGGGGUUGGCUCUGUGAACAUCAAAAAUCUGAAGAGCCUGGCUUCUGAACCCAAAGACAGCAACACCUUCUACGUUAACGACUACAAAGGGCUCAGACGUAUCCUGGACAACAUGCAGGAUAGAAUCUACAACGUGGAAGUCAUGGAACGGAAAACAGAAAUGAGUGAAAACAGAAAGAUGGGCUCGGCAAAGUGA